AUGACGCCACGCGAGCCGGGCACGCCGCCUCCAGGGCAUGACGCAACAGCCGCCGGAGGGCGUGCUCGCACAAGAUCUCCCCGUCGCCCUGCCAACACUGAUGGGCAGUGGGACUAUCUGGACGCGUGUGACGAGGCCAUCAGUCGCCAGCUCGAGGCACUCCGUGAUGAAUUCGAGCAGUUCCCUGGCGAUCGGCUUCGUCUGUGGCGUGACCGCGCAGGCGGUACUUUCGAGCCCGAUCAGGACCUUCCUGCCACUUACGAGCGGGUGGAUAUGUGGUACUGGGCUGUGUUGCGUGCCCGUCACCUGGGAUUGUUUGAGCCAGAUGAAGUCCCAUAUGCGAUUCCGGCCCACAAUCAUGCCCGGAACCUCGUGCUUGUCGACUUCACGAACAUCACCUGGUUCACAAGGGGCUGGCGCGAGUGGCGCACCGACCAGGCUACUCACUACACGUAUCGUCUGUACUAA